CAUUUUCAACUCAUUCAAUUCAUUCUAUUCCAUUUUAUCCCUCUCCCUCAUCUCAAUCUUCUUCUUUGCAUCCAUUAUUGAUUGUCAAGGUCUCUUAUUCCACCUCUCAAAAAAUUAUUAACUGAAAAAACACAGAAGAAUCUUUGCAAAAGUUAGUUUGAACAAAAGCAUGUCCAACAAUGGCAGUAACAACAACAACAAUAACCCUUACGUUCAUAUUUCCCCUCUUCAGACCAACCGUCCAAACCCAAUGGAUACUGUAUUUGGAGCAUUAAACCAGUGCAGCAGGAAGGUUGGAGAUGCAACUAGAAGAGCUGAGAUAGUGGCAGAUAAUCUCUGGAAUCAUAUCAGAAUUGGUUCGAGUGUUGCUGAUGCAGCAGUGGCUAGAAUUGUUCAGGGAACAAAGGUGCUUGCACUAGGAGGGUCUGAUGCAUUAUUUCAACAAUCAUUUGGAGUUUUCCCGGGAGAGAAGCUCGUAAAGUCCUUUGCUUGCUACUUAUCAACAUCCAGUGGACCUGUCAUUGGGACUCUUUAUAUAUCAAAUUUAAGAUUUGCCUUUUGCAGCGAUUAUCCACUCUUUCAUUAUCCAUUCUCCCUGCAACAAAACCAGACUCUGCAUUACAAGGUGGUGGUGCAAGUGGAUCAGUUAAGCACGGUUAGUCCUUCCUCAAAUCGAUUUAACCCUGCAGAAAAAUACAUCGAGCUUGUGACAGUAGAUGGUUAUGAAUUCUAUUUCAUGGGGUUCAUAGCAUAUGACAAGGCUCUCAAGACUAUAAGAGAGGUUUUACAGCAAUAUCACAACCAUUCCAGAGAAGCUUGAAUGAUCACAAAGCAUGAAAUAUUUUCCAUAUGUCAUGGAGACACCUUAGAAUACAAUGUACCCUUUACAUGUCAAAAGUGAGAACUUGUGUUUAGGCAA